AUGGACAGUAAUGCUACUACCGAAAGAUGGAUAACACAUUACAGCAGCUCUCAUAAGAUACUACUAGUUGGAGAAGGAGAUUUUUCAUUCUCAGCUUGUUUAGCUAGGGGUUUUGGCUCUGCUUCCAAUAUGGUAGCCACCUCUCUAGAUUCCGAAGAUACACUGUGCACAAGGUUACCGAGUUCUCAGUUACAUAUCAAAGACCUCCAGAGUCUGGGAUGCUUGGUUUUGCAUAACGUGGAUGUUAAUUUCAUGGCUUCAUCAUCUUUCUAUCCGCUAUUAGCAUGCAUGAAGUUCAACCGCAUAGUCUAUAACUUUCCCCAUGCUGGACAUUUCAUUAUGAGAGAAACUCAUGACUCUGUCAUCCAGAGGCACAAGGAUCUUUUAUCAGGGUUUUUCAAGAGUUCAAGUAAAAUGUUGAAAGAAGAUGGUGAAGUUCAUGUUGCACACAGGGAUGGCCACCCUUACAAUCGUUGGGAGAUCGAAGAACUUGCUAAUGAAGCUGGUCUUAUUUUGAUUGAAAAACUAGAUUUUCGCUCAUCCCAGUAUGUGGGUUACAGCAACAAAAGAGGCGGUAGCGUCAGAAGUAACGAUAGCUUCCCUCUCGGAAACUGCCCAAAGUCCUUCAAAUUUUCUCUGAAAUCAAGUUAA